AUGGAAAAGGCAGUUGCCCCUCACCGCCCAUCCGCGUCUCCGGAAGUGGAUCCCUCCACGUUAUCCAACUACAGGGACUUCUCUUUUGGGAUCACAAGGUUGGCUUUCAAUGUCGAUUUCGAUAAGAAAGCCGUCAGCGGCACAGUGCUGUACACGCUUCAGAACUUGACCCACGUUACCACCGCCACAUUGGAUACCUCUUUCUUGCUGGUCUCUGCGGCCCGCGUCAACGGUGCCUCAGCGAAGUUUGCUUUCGGUGAGAAGUCCAAGUUUUUGGGCACGCCGUUGACCGUCGAGCUUGACGGCAGCACCAGCGUCGAGUUGCAGAUCGACUUCGAAACCACCAGCCAGUGCACGGCGUUGCAGUUUUUGGAGAAAGAGGCGACCGACGGCAAGACCUCUCCGUACUUGUUUUCGCAGUGCCAGGCCAUCCACGCCAGAAGCUUGUUUCCGUGUUUCGACACCCCGUCGGUCAAGACCGAGUACGACUUCGAGGCCACGUCUCCGCUCCCCACUUUGAUGAGCGGUCGGCCCAAAUCCGUGGAGGGCAACGUGUACCGCUUUUACCAGCCGAUCCCCAUUCCAUCGUACCUAGUGGCCUUGGCUUCCGGAGACAUCACCAAAUUGCCCAUCGGACCCAGAUCUCACGUGUACUCAGAGCCUUCCAAAGUCAAGGCUUGCCAGCACGAGUUCGAGGAGGACAUGGAGCAUUUCUUGCAGGCCGCCGAGAAAUUGGUAUACAAGUACCCAUGGGACCAGUAUGACGCACUUGUGUUGCCCCUGAGUUUCCCCUACGGCGGCAUGGAGAACCCCAACGCCACUUUCGUCACGCCCACUUUGAUCAGUGGAGACAGGCAGAACGUCGACGUCAUUGCACAUGAACUUGCACACUCGUGGUCCGGAAACUUGGUCACAAACUGCUCCUGGGAGCACUUCUGGCUCAACGAGGGCUGGACCGUGUACUUGGAGAGAAGAAUCCAGGGCUCUAUCCACGGCGAAUCCUUCAGACAUUUUGGCGCCAUCAUCGGAUGGAGCGACUUGGAAAACUCCAUCCGCGCAAUGGGUGACUCUGCCACGCGGUACUCCACAUUGGUCCAGAACCAGAAGGACAGGGGCGACCCGGAUGAUGCGUUCUCAACUGUGCCGUAUGAGAAGGGGUUCAACUUGUUGUUCCACAUCGAGAAAACCGUUGGCAUUAAAGCAUUCGACGGGUUCAUCAACCACUACUUCACCAAGUUCAAGUUCAAGUCCUUGGACACGUACCAAUUCCUUGACACCUUGUACGAGUACUUCCCCGACCAAAAGGCGAAGUUGGACGAAAUUGACUGGCACACGUGGUUGUACGAGCCAGGUAUGCCCCCGGUGAACCCGGGUUUCGACACCUCCAUGGUCGACCAGUGCUACGAGCUUGCCAACAAGUGGUUCACUGCCGCAAAAACGGGCGCAGGCUUCCACAGCCAGUUCAAAGCGCUGGACAUUGAGUCCUUCACGGCCAACCAGUCGGUCGUGUUUUUGGAAACGCUUGACUCGUUCAACAAGCGCGACGACUUCAAGUGGAAAGAUCACCCUGCUGCCGUCAGGGCCUUGGGAGACAUUUACCCAGCGUAUUCAGAUUCGUCGAAUGCCGAGGUUCUCUUCCGGUGGUUUGUUGUGCAAGUGGGUGGCCACAACAUCGAGUACUAUGACAAGCUUGGAGAGUGGCUUGGCUCAGUGGGAAGAAUGAAGUUUGUCCGGCCUGGAUACGUUCUCCUCAGGGGCGUGGACAGGGAACUUGCUAUCCGCUACUUCAAGAAGUUCGAGCUGACGUAUCACCCGAUCUGUCAAGCCAUGGUGAGAAAAGACUUGGGUUUGGCCUGA